AUGUAAGUAUAUACAUAAAAUUAUAAAUACUUGAUAGAGUAGAAGCCAUCCAUAUAAAUACUUUGAUUCUUAAAAUUUUAGCGCUAAAAUCUAACCAAUUAAUCUCCCAACUCAACUCCACCAACUGUUCGACCAAAUUUCCCAACCAGAUCCGAUUUCAAUAUCCAGCCAUGGCGUCAGCAGCUGCGAGAUUUCGAUCAUCAAUCUCACGCCACCCAAUCGGCGGUCUCGCUCAAUAUUCGGCUUCCUCAAGUUCAAAUCUCGAAGAAUCAAUACGAGCGGCAGUGGAAGCCAAGGCAUACCAGAAAAUCCCCCAAAUCCUCAACGCAGCAAUCGAUUCCUGCCGGAACCCUAAUCCGUUCACGUUCCUUUCAAAAUUCUCAGAGAGCCGUAGAUUCGAAAUCAUCGACGAAAUGCUGCAAUCCUUCAUCUCAAUCCGUCCGCGCUCGCAGCCGCGGAGGGCCUACUCCUGCCUCCUCUCCCUCACUCUCGACACCUCAAUUAAUCACCUCCCGCUCGCCCUCGCCGUCGUGCAGCGCACGCUCCGCUCCGGCUGCCUUCCCCCGCCGCAGAUCCAUCUCCUCCUCGCGAAAUCAUGGCUCGAUCGGCGCCGCCGGCAGCAGGCGGCGGCGCGAAUUUUAUCGGAGAUGAAAUUGAUAGGGUACUCCCCCGACUGCGGCACGUGCAACUAUCUCAUUCUCUCGCUCUGCAAAAUCGAUCAAUUCGCGGAAGCGAUUGAGGUUCUGCGAGGGAUGGGGAGAGCCGGCUGCGCUCCCGAUUCCGACAGCUUCGGUGGUUUGAUCAAUGAGCUGAGCGAGGCGAGGAUGGUGGAUGUGGCGGUGGAGGUGAUGGCGGAUAUGGUGCGAGUGCACAAGCUGAGCCCGAGGAGGGAGACGGUGGUGAAGGCGGUGGCGGCGAUGCGGGCGAAUCGGGAGGCGCGGCGGGCGGUGGAGGUGGUGGAGAUGCUGGAGGCGGAGGGGGUUGGGGUGGGGUUUGAGGCGUAUGAGUCAGCGCUGGAGGGGUGCUUGGAUGAGAAGCGGUUUGUGUUGGCGGGGAAGUUUGUGGUGGGGAUGAGUGAGAGAGGGUUUAUACCGUAUCUAAGGGUGAGGCUGCGGCUGCUUGAGGGGUUAGUCGCCAUUGGUGAGGCAGAGCAUGCCUCUGUUGUGAGGCGGAGAUUUGCAGAGAUGAGUUCUUAGUUUUCUUAUAGAUAUAUAUGAUGAACCCUUACUCUGGUGUUUGAGUGAGUGAGCCUUGAUCGUUUGUUGAUUUUAAUGAGGACAAAGAAUUGAGGGAAAAUAUGCUCAUUCUUUACCAUAUGUUGUCUUUCCUUUUUUCCAGUGUGAUGAAGCAUGGUUCGUUGCAGGAUCAAUCGCAAGCUAUGUUCUCGAUGACAGAUGAAGACCAUACUCUAGCAAACUCAGUCAAAUAUAUUCUUAACCAAGAGUACUGAAAAAUUCCACUCUUGUAUACCUCAAACGUGAGUGGGGUGAAAUGUGAUGAGUGCAUUCUUCAUAAGGGAACUACUCUAAUGUAAUGAAAUGAUCAUGUUUGACAUCAACUGUGAUUUUUUCGUAUUCAUCAUCGGGGACAUAGACCUACCUCUGAGGGCGACUAACGAGGAAUACAUCGUCUUACAGCAUACCAACCCUUCUGAUGCUCGGGUGAACAUAAGAGUGCAGACUACUCUGGUGAAGGAAAGAUUCGUGCCAGGAUCUCAUGCUUGUGUGCCAGCAUGUUAGGAGCACCUUUGAUCAAAAGCUGCUAUGGAGUUGAUGAAUAUUAGUACAUCGUAUUGGUGCUCUUUCAAGCCAUGUUUCUAGGGAU